CUUCCGGGCGGGACCCCGCCCAAGUUCCUCUCUUGUGUGUUUUACCCUGUGGGUUCCUGGUCUUCUGUGUGCGUCCGGAUGCUGCGUGGCCGCCCGAGACCGGCCUUCCCCUUCUUGCCUCCGGGUGGAAGCGUCCGGGAGGGGUGACGGAGGACCGCGUGGCACCUGGCGCCGGGGCAGCGGCCCCCGACGGUCUGGCGGCCCCGCGCCCCCCGUCGUGCCCCGCGCGCCCGCGGCCGGCCGACUCCCCUCGGGGCGCGCGUGGUCUCCCAGGGCAUGUGGCCCGGGCCCAGCGCUUCCGCUUCUCGGAGGAGCCGGGCCCGGGAACCCAGGGGACCGUCCUGGAGGUCCGCGUCCCGCAGGUCCUCCAUCUCCAAUAUGGAAUGUACGUUUGGCCCUGUGCUGUAGUUCUGGCCCAGUACCUGUGGUUUCACAGAAGACGUCUGCCGGGCAAGGCUGUCUUAGAGAUUGUACCAAUAAAGGACUAAAAACCAUGUUGGAAGCAUCCCUAAACUACUUCCCUGUACAUUCCAAUGAAACUAUUGGAGCUGGAGUGAGCCUUCCAGGAAUUUUGGCUGCAAAAUGUGGUGCUGAAGUAAUACUGUCAGACAGCUCAGAGCUACCUCAUUGUCUAGAAAUCUGUCACCAGAGCUGCCAAAUGAAUAAUCUGCCAUGGGUGCAUGUUAUAGGACUGACAUGGGGUCACAUCUCUCAGGAUCUUCUGGCCCUCCCACCGCAAGAUAUCAUCCUUGCAUCUGAUGUAUUCUUUGAACCAGAAGACUUUGAAGAUAUCUUAAGUACGGUAUACUUUCUGAUGCAGAGGAACCCCAAGGUUCAAAUGUGGUCCACAUACCAGGUUAGGAGUGCUGACUGGUCACUUGAAGCUUUGCUCUACAAGUGGGAUAUGAAAUGUGUCCAUAUUCCUCUGGAGUCUUUUGAUGCAGACAAAGAUGGUAUAGCAGAAUCUGCACUUCCAGGAAGACAUACUGUUGAAAUGCUGGUCAUCUCCUUUGCAAAGGACAGUCUCUGAGUUAAGCCUACAAGUUGUUCUGGGACCAUGUCAAUUUGAUUAGCAACCUGGCAACUAGCAUCAGGCUACUUCAUUCAGCGUCUUGAGAAAAAUGCAGUGGGCUUGAAGAUGGUCAAAUCUGUUGGCCUUUAAGAUUGUGAUGUGUCACCUAGACAACUUACAGGCAACAUAAUCAUGAAAAGAAUUAAAAAACACCUAUGCAAGAUGAAGGUCUGGUUC